AUGGAGGGAUCCCGUGGCAUGAACAUGUCAGAUGUCAAUUCUUGCGUCGCUCCCCUACGUAAAGAUGCACCCUUCUUUGCAGCUGCUGCGCAUCGCUUGGGGGUUCUCUACCUGAGUUCUUGCCGGACCUGCGGCGAUUCGCUCUGCGCGGGGCCUGGUGCCAUGCUGAUGCUUUGUGCAGCCGAGCCAGCUUUGCGGGGCAGAUUUCUGCGGCUAGGCCUGGGACGUGCAGCUCUGCACGAGGUGCAGACGGCGGCUUCGCGACAGACCGCGGUGCACCUGUUGGAAUCCAUUCCGUUGCACGAAUGGCAAGAGCUUCCUGUCGAAGAAGCCGCAUUGCUGGCAGUUGACCUGGCAGACUCCUUGACAGGGUGCUUGGAAGAUGAGGAGGCGCAGGUGGCCAGAAACGUGAUGAAUGCCUUGUUCCGGUGCCAAACGAUGAGUGGCCUCCGCCCGAGCAAGAUGGCCAGGAAGCUCCUGGAGCAUGUGUUGACACUGGGCUUACGGUGUGAAGCGCCGACCCGCGCCUUCUUCCACUUGUUGGAGAAGUACAAGGAGUCGGAGGAAGCCUUUGAUGCGGACAGGGAUAUGAAGGCCUGGCACGAGAUCUCAGAGCAGCGCUUCGGGAAGCGAGAGGCGGGUCAGAGAGCCAAGUACCUUUACCACAUGUCAGAGGUCAUGACAAAACAAGAAAGGCGAGAGUGGGACUUCCUCUUCCAGUAG